UUGAUAAUAAUAUUAUUAAUAUUUAUGUGAAAAAAUAAUUUUACUCGUAGGAUUCUUAUUCCUUUUAAACGGAGUUUCUAUAUUCAUCCUUCAUCCCAUCAUUAACUUUUAUAUUAUUAAAUACUUAUACCUAGACACUAAUGGAGGUUAACGGAAAAUCUCAAGAAAUGGAAAAUAAUGGAAUUAUGCAACAGAUGGAAUUGAUCAGUAACCAUGCUGAACGUUCGAACGAGAUUCGCUUAAAAAUUCAAUCAGAUUUUGAUUCGUUUAAUGUUCUAUAUUCGGAAUGUUCUAAAUAUACUCAACGUGUCCAAAACGCUAAAAGUCAAAGAAUGAACACUUCAGUAUUACCAAACAUUGAAUGUAAAUUAAUUCAAGAAAAAGAAUUGCAUGAAGAACAAUUAAAAGCUAAAUCUUUAAGUCUUAAUAAUUCUAUUUGUGUUUACAUUAACAAACUUAAUGAAUUAACAAACCUGAUCAGUCCUGUACAAAAUUAUAUUAUUGAUAAUUCGUUAAUUCAGUGGAAACGUCAACAACAGUUGGCUGGUAAUGGAUAUAAAUAUAUGAAGGAUAUAGACGUUAUACAAACUUGGUGUGAGAAACUAUGUGAUUUAAUAUGGAUAACUCGUUCUCAAAUCAAAGAAGCUGAUCGAUUCAGAGUAAAUUUGAGUCGUUAUUUUGAAUUACCACAAUCAUGUGAAAUUAUUACUACUCUCCUAAAUAUGACUACACAGUAUCUUUCUUCAUUGGUGACUAGUACUUUUGUUAUUACAACUCAACCACCUCAAGUAUUGAAAACUAAUACAAGAUUUUUAGCUGAAGUGCGUCUAUUAAUCGGCGGGAAACUUAAUAUUCACAAGACAUCACCCGUAGUUAAAGUCUCUAUAGUCAAUGAAGCUCAAGUUAACCAAAUAAUCAGAAGAAAUAAACCAUAUGGAGAAUCUUGUGGCGAGUUAUUAAAUUGCACUGGAAAAAUGGAGUAUCAUCCAGUGCGAAGACAUUUUUCUACCAAUUUUCGAAGUAUGCAACUAAAAAAAAUUAAACGUACAGAGAAAAAAGGAACAGAUUCUGUUAUGGACGAAAAAUUUUCAAUUUUAUUUUCUUCAACAUUUUUUAUUGGCAAUGAACUUCAAUUUGAGGUAUGGAAUUUGUCAUUACCAGUGGUGGUUAUUGUACAUGGGAAUCAAGAUCCUCAUGCUUGGGCUACUGUAAUAUGGGAUAAUGCUUUUGCUAAACUUGGCCGAGUUCCAUUUAAUGUUCCUGACAAAGUGCCAUGGAGAAAUGUGGCAGAAACUAUAAACAUGAAAUUUUCUGCAGCUACUGGUCGUAGUCUUUCAGAAGAUAGUUUAAUAUUUUUGGCUGAAAAGGCUUUUAGAAUGCAGAAUGUGGAUUUCAAUCAUAUGUUUAUAUCAUGGUCACAAUUUUGUAAAGAACCAUUACCACAAAGAAGUUUUACAUUCUGGGAAUGGUUUUAUUCAGUUAUGAAAUUAACUAAAGAACAUUUAAAAGGUCUUUGGACAGACGGUGCUAUAAUGGGUUUCAUAAGAAAAUCUGAAGCAGAAGAGAUGUUAACAAGAUAUGCAACUGGUACAUUUUUAUUAAGAUUUUCAGAUUCAGAAUUGGGAGGACUAACUGUUGCCUGGACUGCGUCCAAUGACGUUUUUAGCUUACAACCUUUUUCAGCUAAAGACUUAUCAAUUCGGAAUUUAGCAGAUAGACUAUUCGACUUGCCAUACCUCACCAAGUUGUAUCCAAAUAUUGAUAAAGACUUAGCAUUUGGAAAAUACUAUACACAAUCAUCAAAUAAUAGCACACCUGUUACAAACAAUGGCUAUGUAAAGCCAUUAUUAGUUACACAUGUUCCUGGGUGGAGUGGACCUAGUACCAAUGGACAAGGAAUGAAUAGCUAUCCUAACACACCCCAGAGCCAAAUGUUUCAUGAAAAUAGCGUAGGAAAUUAUAGUGGUACAGAUGCAUCAGUGUAUAGUGAACCAGAUAAUAACAUGACUGCAUUUGGUAAUUAUUCCUUAGAAAUGGAUUUUUCAUCAAGUUUAAAUGACGUAUCACAGUUGGAUGGAGUCUUUUUUUAAAGAAAUUUUAAUAUGCUAUCUUAUAGUGUAGAUUUUUGUGACUUGUUAUUCAAUAUCAUAAUAA